GGGUGGUUUAUGGGGCUCGAGCCCCGAAUGUUAUCUCAAAAGCCCCAAAUCUUUUAGGUUAAAAUGCUCUUUUAGGUAAUUCUCGGCAAAUGUAACAAUAUGAGUCCAACGUAAUGUUUAUACUACAUGAAGCUCAAAAAACAUUUUUGCGCUCAAAUUCAGGUUAAAUAUUUUUGCGCGUGCGCAUAACCGGUGGAUAUUCCGACCUAAACUCAAAUCAAACCUUGACUAGGUGCUAGGAUCGGGCUAAACCCCGAAUGUUUUCAACUUAUGGUUCUGCCCCUGCUUUGCCCCAUCUUGUUUCCGUAAAAUCGUAAUUGCGAAAACGGCAUUCAAAGACAACAUUUUAGUCAAAUAAUGUUAUUUUCCGUGUAGCUAUACUUGGACUUUAUAGCAUUACAGCCUACGUGAAGAGGUUAACGGCCAAUGAGGCCAGGAUUUACCAAGUCCAUGAACUACAAGUCCCAUAAUGUAGUCGGCAGUCUGGUGAGAUAGCGCUGUUGAGAGAAGUGGAUGUAGGCUAUUCGGAAAACAGACAGGAACGAGAGAGGGUUUUUUUCCUCACAGAUGGAUGUUUAUCCGUAGCGGACGAGGAGCACGGUCGCCGAAUUUGAGCAAAAUGGCGAAGGACCAGGAGGUCGAACGCAUUGCUAAAAAGCUGGACAAAAUGGUGCACAAGAAAAACACGGAUGGUGCCAUUGACUUGCUGAGGGAACUAAAAAACACAAAGAUGUCUUUGGAAACUCUCCAGUCCACCAGGAUUGGUAUGUCUGUGAAUGCAGUGAGAAAGCAGAGUGUUGAUGAAGAGGUUCAGACCUUGGCAAAGUCCUUGAUCAAGUCCUGGAAGAAACUGCUUGAUGGUUCGGAGGGUAAAGUGGAGGAGAAAAGGAAAGAGGAUUCCCCUCUGAGGUUAGCAUCCAGCUCCAAGGAUGGCCCUGGCUCCAGCGAGAAGAUUAAGAAACAGGAGGCUCCAAAGACCCCUACGACCCCCACCACCCCCAAGUCCACCUCCUUCCCUCCCGCCCCUGUCACCACAGACAGCGUGCGCACCAAGUGUAGAGAGCUACUGGUGGCUGCACUGCAGACAGAUGAUGACCACAAGACCAUCGGAGCUGACUGUGAGCACCUGGGUGCUCAGAUAGAGGAUUCCAUCUAUCAGGAGUUCAAGUCGACAGACGUCAAGUACAAGAGCCGCCUGCGGAGCCGCAUCUCCAACCUGAAGGACCAGAAGAACCCGGACUUGCGACGCAACGUUCUCUGUGGAAACAUCUCCCCUGAGCGCAUCGCCAACAUGUCCGCCGAGGAGAUGGCCAGUAAUGAGCUGAAGGAGAUGAGGAAGGCCCUGACCAAGGAGUCCAUCAGGGAACACCAGCUGUCUAAAGUAGGGGGCACAGAGACGGACAUGUUCCAGUGUGGCAAGUGUCGGGGCAAGAACUGUACCUACACACAGGUGCAGACACGCAGUGCUGAUGAACCGAUGACCACCUUUGUGCUGUGCAACGAGUGUGGGAACCGCUGGAAGUUCUGUUGAAGUUCCGAAGAGACUGUAUUUGCCAACAAGAACACCACCAGCUGAAAUAUGGUCACAACUGGCAUAUUGGUUUUUCUUUUUUUAAUUUGGCUUUGAUAUAUAAUUUUUUUUAUACAUUUUCAAGAUCUGUAAUAUAUUUGAAGCAAAUAUUGCCAGGGAUUUUGUUUUUUUUGUCACUAAAUAGCACUAAUUUUAAACCAUUUGGGCUUUAGUGUUGGUCGAUAGACUGUACUGUAACAGUUUUUCACCUGGCCUUUCAGAUGACCUACCUCUGUCAGAGUACUUCAGACUGCUUUCUGUCUUCCUCCCUCCUAGCCUAGAGGUCCUCUCUGAUCGGACAUGAUGGAGGAUGGGUCUCAAUAAGCCUGUCUCUUCACUUCUUAAAUCCAUCCAGUCCUCGUUAAGGAGCGAUGCAGUAGCAGAGUACUCGGACAGAAGUAGUCGUGCCUUUUUGUUUGUGUGUCAUUCAGUGCUGUGUUUAAGUUGCCUUUACUACCCGUCAGAACAACGACCCAGGCUGUGUAAAAGAAGCUUGAAGCACAUCUGUUGUCAUGUGGUUCACAGACUGAUCUGGUUAAAGCUGCAAUCCCCAGUUUCCCUACAGUAUCUGUCUGUCUGAUGGUGCUGCUGAAACAGCAAUAUAAGUGCUUUUCGCUCUCUGCUGUGGAACUAAACCCAACUUGGGCAGGAUCUGUUCUUCUGACUGCAGACUUCAAAUACCCUUUUAGGUUCCACUUCCCUAAGAAAGCAGGACACAGGAUGAUCUCAUUCUGAAUAGAGUAAUAGUAGACAUGUUUUGAAAUGUAUAGAUUAGUGAAAAAAGGAAAAGAUUAUUUUCCUCCCUCCCCAUCGUUUUUUUUUACUGGUGUGGUGUGAAAGGAUAGAUUGGGGACAGGGGGAUCAGAGAGGAGUGUAUUUGAUUACAACUGUUGACUGCUUUGCCAAUUUUCUUUCCAUAUUUGUUUUCAUACAUGUGAUUUAUUUUGUAUUCAUGUGAUAGCCCUCCUCCCCCAGGACCUGUGUCUGAGUAUAAAACGUGUAAGACGUGAAAGAAACUGAA